GUCGGGAGGGGAGAGCUCAGGCUGGACAGGCCGUGCGGGGCCGGGGCUGUCCUCGCCCUGCGGGCGCUGGGCCGGGGCGCGGAUCGCUCUCUCUGCGCGGAGCUGCCCGGCGGAGCCCUGCCCUGCCCUCGCCCCUCGGUGGCCCCCGCGGCCAUGCUGGCCUGGGCCGGGGGGCGGCGGUGCCCUGAGCGGGGGUCGCCGUAGAGCCGCGGGCGGGCGGCGGAGGCGCCGCGUUAGCAGCGCCGGGGCCCGCGCUCCGCCUGCGGGGGCUGUCCCCGGGACGGGGAGGCAGGGGAAGGACAGCCAGCGGAGCAACUUCUGCAAAUUAAAAACAGAAAAGAAAAAAAAAUAAAAAAAGGAGGCUCGUUCGUGGGACAUCUUCGAAGCUCAGUACUACGCGAGGCAUCCCAGCCGCAGUGAAACCCUCCAUGCUAGUGCAUCCCACCACAGUGACAGGAGGAGAGCUGGCUGCGGCCGCUGUUCCCAAGCCCCGCGUGCUUUAGAGUCGCCUUGGCUUUCUGGCUGGAAGAUGAUUCCUGCAACAGGACCAUGCUGCUGCUGAUGAACAGCAGAGUCGCUGGAAGAUGCCUUCCUUGAGGAUUACACGUGGAGCAAGGCCAUCAGUCAAGGGGAGAGCUGGCUGGUGAAACUGUCUGACUUUACCCCCACCGGGGAAGUGGCUUCAAUGGCUCCAUCUCCCAGGAGAAGCAGUAGGAAAGAUGCCAGCGCCUUGCCAAGCAUGUCCUCAACUUUCUGGGCUAUCAUGAUCCUGGCUAGUCUCCUAAUCGCUUACUGCAGUCAACUGGCUGCAGGUACAUGUGAGAUUGUCACUUUGGACAGAGAUAGCAGUCAGCCCCGAAGGACUAUAGCCCGACAAACAGCUCGCUGUGCAUGUAAAAAAGGACAGAUUGCCGGUACAACAAGAGCAAGGCCAGCAUGUGUUGAUGCACGAAUUAUCAAAACAAAACAGUGGUGUGAAAUGCUUCCAUGUUUAGAAGGAGAAGGCUGUGAUUUGCUAAUCAAUAAAUCAGGCUGGACCUGUACACAACCAGGAGGACGGAUAAAGACAACCACGUGUAAAAAAAUAAAGAAGCAAAGUGUAAUGGAAGCGAAACUGCACCUGAUUGUGAGAGAAGAGUGUAACUCAAAUUAAUAUUUGACUUGGAUGUGAAAGAGGCCUGGAAGUCCUUUGUCUUGAACGUCCAGAAAUGUUCUUGAACGUGUAUCCUAAGCAGAGAGCUAGAAGACAUUGCAGAAAAGCUCAAAACUGGAUAAAUAACCAAUACAAAUGAGACAUUAAGGUUAAACAGGGAAACUGUAAAACCUUACUUCUUUUAGAAUAAAAUGAAGAUUUCCAGAAUGCAAACUGAAAUAAAUUUUUAUGGGGCAUUAAGUUUGACAGUGUGCUUAUUGACCAUGCAAUUACAAAAUUAAAUAAGGAAAAGUGAAAAAAACCCACCUAUUUCUAGGGACAUUCAAAGUACUACAGUGGUUGCCCUCAAAUUAAAUUACUUUGGUCUUGAUUUCAGUACAAGUAAUGCCGAAUAGCAGCGUUAAUAUGUCUCAAACUUUCAGACAGAAAGCUUUAUAUGCUCAAAUUGUUCUGUUUGAGAGAUGAAGUUAAACUCUAGUGAGCACUAUAUCCUUAUUAGAAUCGCUCGUGGCUAAUCAAUCCACGAGCAUAUUGGAAGACACUAAGGAAAACCUUAAAAGUGUCUAUCUCCUGCUUUCAAUUAUACCCUUAUAAACACAGUGCAGAAAUGUUUCCAUCCUUGAUUAUUUGGUUUAAACUACUUAGCUAAUCUUCUUUAUAUUUUUCCAUUUCUAACUGUAAUAACUCUUAUUUCCCAGUUUGCAGUUGUAUUUUCCCAAGGCUAAAACAAAUAUUAUUUUAAUUUAGCUUAUCUGACCCAAAGACUUACCAACAGCAUUUGUCUUUAUUUGUUUUUUUUUUUCUUUUAACCCAAAGUUAAUAGUCUUGUUAUAAUUGUUUCCUCUAAAUCCUCAGAAGUACACGCAGUUCUUUUUAUUUUGUUAUUAACUCUAUCCCUUCUGCAUCAGGUCCUCCAACAAAUAUCAAUUGUGAUAAGUUAAAUGUUCUGGGCCUUGGAAGCAAUGGAAGAACUAAAUCCUGGAGUAAAGAAGCAAUAAUGCCAUUGCACAAGACACAAAUGAAACUUCAUCUAGAAUCCUAAGUUUAGUUAUACUCACCAUUCAAGGUUAUUUCAAAGUGGAACAUGAAAAGAGUUAUUAUAAUAAUUGGAUUAAAGCAAUUUUUUAAAAUAAGCUUUUUUUUUUUUUUUUAGAAAAAAAAUUUAAAAAAAAAAACCCGAAACAAAAGCAAACAAACCCCACCCCCCCACCAAAAAAAAAAAAAAAAUACUAGAGAAUUUGUGCUUUGUGGCCCGGUCUAGAGAACAAGCCUGUGAAGGCAGACGAUUGCACAAUAGACAUAGGCCAGAAAGUAAACACCAAAGGGAAUGAAUUAUUUACACCUGUACCAUUGGAUAAUAGUAGUAGCCAUGGACAAUUGAGAUCUUAAAAUUAAAAUGUUUCUGAUUAAUAAUGGAAACAGGUUUUGGAUUAGCCUCUUAAUAAGAGAAUGAACAGUAUAAUGAAUUUUAAUAUAUAGUGUGAUUGGUAGUACUGGUGUAUGAUAGGGAUGAAAUUGAUAUAAUCAGGGGUGUGGUGAACCUUUACUGUGCUAUAUUGCUUUGUUCUUUUCAAAGGGUACAAUUUGCAUUCCUUAAACGUCGGCCUUUCUCAUUGCCUGUACUGCGUAAAAAGUUGUAUGGAUGCUUUAUUUCUGUUUUAGGUUUUUUUUUUUUGGUUUUUAAUUUGCUAGUCAAAUUGAACAAAAAAAAUCAAGACACAGAGACAACUGAAACAGAUUUUUUUUGACAACUGAAACUGAUUUUUUUUUUUUUUUUGCCAUUGUAUUAUUCUUAUUUGAGGGAGAAGGGAAAUGUUUUACCUGGUGUUUUUGUUUUGAAGUGUGGAGUAAAUCUAGUCAAGAAAUCCAAAUUACCUAUCCUAGUAUUUUUGGUCUCUUCUGGAUUGUCUUUAUGAAUGAAAUUAAUAAAAAAAGUCACCUAACUCCACUGCUGACCAUGGCCUUAGAUCCUUUUUUGGCACUCAGUGUUUCUAUAAAUAUUAAAUACAAAAGUUGUGCACAUUCAGAGCUCUACUAAAUCAGGGAUAAAUUUGUGUCUUCCCCUUGACUGAAUGCUUAAGAAAGCAGGAGGAGUUCCUUGUACCCUUUUGUCUGAUUCACUGCAAGCCCAUGAAAAGCCAGAUGCGAUCUAGCCCAGAUUUAUCAUCUGUCCUUCAUGUACCAGGGGGCAAUACUAGGAAAGAAUAACAGAUGUAGCCUUGUGGAUAGUAUAAAGUGGGAAAUAACUCUGAGAAAUGUUUUGCAUUUAACUAAAAGAUUAAAAUUAUCAGUUGAAUGACUGUCAUGCAGAAGGUCAUUCAAUCCUUGGAGAAACAAGGGAAAAUGUCCUCUGCUGUGUCUGGAGAUAGCUGAGGUACAGAUGGUACCUAAAGCAAGCUCUCUGACCUAGAACUCAAAGUGUAGAUUGAACCUUGCUCCCAGACCUAAAUAUUUUCUUUUCAGUCUAAUAGGGCUGUGUAACUUGCAAGAUGGUAUGUAUGUAUGUUAGAAUCCAGGAGAGCCAUAUAUGAGACAUUGCCACAGACAGUGCAUGCCAAGUAUCUUUCUUCAUAUGCAUAUCUAAUAAAUCCAGUUGUAUAAAGAUUGAAAAUUAUUCUUAUAUGCCAGAAUGUAUUUUAUAUUAUCUGGAUACAUGUGGAAAAUUGAGAGUUUACAGAUUUUUUUAAGCCUGUGAGGACAUUUUAAGGACAGACCAAAAUUACACUUGUGCAUUAAGAGAAAUAUAAAGCUUUUCUCCAAUUUCAUCUGAUAUUCUAUGAAUUGGGAAUAAGGUCUGGUGGUAGUUCAGCUGACAGUGACUGGUAUCCCUAGCACCCUACUAUGUCAGAAGGGCAUAAUGAGGAGCAAUUGGUACAACAGAAGGGGAGAGAGAGGGAUUGAGAGAGCGGCUGCAUAGUGCUUAUUUUCCAGCUGGGCUCAAACUACGGCAGGCUGAUAGAGGGAAACAGCACUAUGAAAACUCUGCUCAUGGAGUAAGCUCAGCUCUGGUGUACUGUCUGCAAGAGCAGUGAAUCAGGUACCAUACCAGAAAUGUCAGCCCGAAAUGUUACAGUACAAAAUGCAGCAGAGCCAAAGCUCAGGAGGUUGCCAUUGAGCAGUGUAAGAACAGCAACAACAAAGCUUGUGUGGUCAAAAUCUCAGUGCUGUAUACAGGGACCUUUAGACUUAACAGCUGACACUGUCAGGCUGGCAAGGCAGAAAUCAUAAAUGGUCAUUGCAGUAAUCAAAUUUCCACAUGACUAGGCACAACCACAGUAUUCUGUACCAAUAUUCCUAGAAAAGUCAUGACUUGAGUUUCUCAAAAAAAAAAAAAAAACAACCAAAAACUAUGUUUUCUUAGUACUCUAUUCACAUAAUCUCCUAUUUUUUCUGUGUUUACAUGAUAGUGUUCUUUUUAUCUUUGCUCACUUUGCUAAUAGGACCUCACAGUUUGUAUUACAGAAAGCUAGUGCUAUUAAGAUCUGUGUUAUUUUGCAUAUUCAUCUGCAGUUUAUUUCUUACACUAUUUUUGUUUUCAUAUUGUGUUUCUACACCUUCUGUGUGCAACUGUGAAGAUUUUGCUAUUUUUUAAUUUAAGUGUAUAUGACCUUUUCAGAGAAAUUAUUGUCCAGUCAAAAUGGUUAAUGUUUUCUUAAGAGAUAUUCCAGUGUGCAAAAUUCCAAAACAUCACAGACUAAUCAAAAGAAAAUUCACCAGAAAAAUUUUUUCCUUUUUUCUUUUUUUUACAAUAGACAUUUUUUUCUGUAUUGACAAUUUGCCAAGACUUUUUACAAAUUGUGGGCUAAACCUAGUGAUUAAUGGAGUAUGCAAUAGACUGCUUGCAUUUUUCCAAUUAGAAAAAUAAUCUGAUGAAGUCAGAAAGAGCAAUGCAGAAUGAAGGGAGUAAGCAAGCCACCAAAAGUGUUAGAAGGUACAGGCUCAUUAUGAAGAAAAAAGGUUAAGAUACUUUUGUAGCUAAUUAUGAUGCUCUGAUAGAAACUAUGUUGCACAAAGAUUUUUCUCUUACAUUAGGUCAUAAUAUCAAGAAAA